CCACCAGCGCAGGGAAGCGCAGCUGGGUCAGGAUCCGUCCAGCCUGGGGCUGGUGAAUUUGACCUCCCACCGGGCGCAGCCGCCAGCAUGGGGACGGCGACGGGUCCCCCCCAGGACCCCGAGGGACACUACCAGUUCCGCAUCAUCGUGCUGGGGGACGCGGCGGUGGGGAAGUCGUCGCUGCUGCGCUGCUUCGCCGAGGGUGCGGGCGGGGGGCCGGCCACCCCCUGCCCCACCGUUGGCGUGGAGUUUUACAGCCGCACGGUCCCGCUGCCGCCCGCCGGCAAGGCCAAGCUGCAGCUCUGGGACACGGCCGGCCAGGAGAGGUUCAGGUCCAUCACCAGAUCCUUCUACCGGAGCGCGGCGGGGGUGCUGCUGGUGUUUGACCUCACCAACCGGGCGUCCUUCGAGCACGUCCCGGAGUGGUACCGCGAAGCCGCGGGGGACGGGCCCCCCGUUUCUUUCGUCCUGGUGGGACACAAGUGCGACCUGGCGGGCGAGCGAGCCGUGUCGGCGGAGGAGGCCGGGCAGCUGGCCGCCACCCUGGGCAUGGCCUUCGUGGAAACCUCGGCCCGCAGCAACCUCAACGUGGAGCUGGCCUUCCAGCUGCUGGCAGGGGGCAUCCAGCGGGCGCUGGGGCCGGGGGGUCUCGCCCCUCACCAGGGCUGCGGUGGCAUCAGGCUCAUCCCUGGCCAGAGCUGCCGCCGCCCCCCGGCACGGGGGGAGCCCCGGGAGCGCUGCCAGUGCUGACAGGGAUGGGACACACACGCGGGGAUUUUUCUCUCCCCGCCCCAGCCCGCUGCCCUCGGGUGAUGCGUGGGGCUGCGUCCCCACCUCAGGUUUGUUUCAAGCCUUAAUUUGCAGGGCUCUGAAAAAAUAAUCCUCCCCCCCCCGC